AUGGGUUGGAGAAGUGAGGUUACAGCUUCAAGGGAUGAAAUUUAUGAGGUGAAAUACAAGGAUGAUCAGUGCAUUGUGGAUCUACAAGAGAGAAAAUGCACUUGUUAUAGAUGGGAGUUGACAGGAAUACCUUGUGUCCAUGCAUUUGCUUGCAUAAUGGACAAAAGGGAUGAUCCUGAGUUGUAUGUGCACCCACAUUACUAUAGGGUGACAUACUUGGAUGCAUAUGAGAACCCAAUACAGCCAAUGCCUGGCCCUAAGAAUUGGGAAAAGGUCAAGCUCAGACAGCCUUUGCCACCUAUGCUGAAAGUGCAGCCAGGAAGACCUAAGGCAAAAAAGAGAAAGCUUGAACCAGGGGAGGGCACUUCUGCAGCACCUGAGGGCAAGAAGCCAAAGGUGAAGAAACAAUGCAAGAACUGUGGUGGGUUUGGCCACUUUGCCAAAACAUGCAAGGCUGAAGCAGCACCAGAACAGCCUAACCCACCUGCAACAAAUCCAAAGGGUGGGAGGCCACAGAUGCAGACUCCUUGGCUUAAGGAACAGAGAAAGAAAAGUGAAGAGAAAGCAGCAAGACAGGCUGCACUGAAGUUGCCACAAUAUCAGCCUCCAACAACAGCACAGGCUGGGUCAAGUAAUGCUGCACCUGCAACUGCUGUGUCAAGCCAGCCUGCAACAAGAACAGAGCCUUUUCCAACUCAGCCUGUUACCAGGAGCAACAGGAGCCUGAGUCAGCCCACAAGAGUGCCAACAACUACUCCUCCCAAAGUCAAAAUACAGACCAGGUCCAAGCUUCAUGUAAUGACAAGCAAGAAGGACAAGGAUCUCAAUCAACUGUGACCCUAGGUCUACUCAUUAGUAUUUUGUAAUAGACAGCCAA